GAAGCAACGUCGUAACAAUGAUAUUGCUCCCAGGGCAUCAAAGUUCAGCUUCAUUUUCACGAACAAGAGCAACUUCAAGAGUUAUGGGACUUGAUCGAACCAUAAACUACUUAUCAUAUUUUCUUGUCUUGCUAUCUUCCUUUUGUUUAGAGCUUGGCCAUGCGACGGACACCAUCGCAGCACCCAACUUUAUCAAAGAUUCCGAAACCAUAAUCUCCAAUGACGGUGAGUUCAUAUUGGGCUUUUUCAGCCCUGCCAAUUCUACUUAUCGCUAUGUUGGGAUAUGGUAUGCUAAACUUUCCACAACUCAUGCCAUAUGGGUUGCUAAUAGGAACAAGCCCCUGAAGACCACCUCCGGGAUUCUUACUAUAUCGGAAGACGGCAAUCUAGUCGUAUUAGAUGGAGAAAAGAAUAUUAUUUGGUCAUCAAAUGUAACAGGUUCUGUUUCUAAUCGAAGCGCCCAACUUCUAGAUUCCGGGAACCUUGUCUUGCAUGAAAACACUAACACAUCAAUCAUGUGGGAAAGUUUCCAACAUCCUUCAGAUUCAUUUCUACCAAAGAUGAAAAUGAGUACUAACAUAGUAACUGGAGAGAAAGUGCAGUUCACAUCAUGGAAGAGCCAGUCAGAUCCAGCCGUUGGAACCUUUUCUCUCGGUAUUUCCGUUUUUAAUCUUCCAGAAAUAUACAUUUGGAAUGGCAGUAGCCCUUACUGGCGAAGUGGGCCAUGGGAUGGUCAGAUCUUUAUUGGAGUACCAAACAUGAAUUCCCGAUAUCUUAAUGGAUUUAAUCUUAUAGAUGAUAAAGAAGGAUCAUUCUCUUUUAUCUUUGAGUUCUCAAACAAGUCUUUGUUAGCGCAUUACGUCUUGACUGCUCAAGGAAACGUAUUGGUAUAUUCUACUAUUAAUGGGAAGGAUUUGGUGGUCUGGCGGUCGUCUUUGAUGUCUGAGUGCAACGUUUACGGCAAGUGUGGGGCAUAUGGAUAUUGUAACCUAAAAAAUAAACCGAUCUGCAGCUGCUUAGAGGGGUUUGAACCAAAGAAUAUUGAAGAAUGGAAAAGAGAAGAUUGGACUAGUGGAUGUGUGAGGAGAAAACCCUUGCAGUGUUUGAAAGUGAGCACAGGUGGUAAAGAAGGCAAAAAAGAUGGGUUUUUGAAGGUGAAGAUGAUGAAAACGCCAAGUUUGGCAAAUUGGUCAUCUGCUUCUGAGGAUGAAUGUAGAUAUUGGUGCUUGGAGAACUGUUCUUGUAUAGCUUACGCAUAUGAAUCUGGCAUUGGGUGUAUGUCAUGGACCAGAGAAUACUUAAUAGACUCGCAACAAUUCUCCAGUGGUGGAGUCGAUCUUUAUAUUCGCGUGGCCUCUUCAGAACUUGAUAAAAAGGAAGAAGUGAAAGUAAACGUCAUAGUCACAGUACUGGUCAUAGGAAUAGUCUUGAUCGUGGCGGUGUGCACUUUAUUCUUAUGCCGGAGGAGGGCUAAACGUAAAGGAUUUCAAGGUGAAGAAAAUCUUGUGGACAACAUGAACCAAGAUAAACUCCAAGAGCUACCGAUAUUCAGUCUUGAGGAACUAGCGAGUGCAACGAACAACUUCCACCAAUCUAACAAACUAGGACAAGGUGGAUUUGGUCCCGUAUACAAGGGAAAAUUGUUAGAUGGACAAGAAAUUGCCGUAAAACGACUUGCAAAAUCUUCAGGGCAAGGGCUAGCAGAAUUUAUGAAUGAAGUCGUAGUGAUUUCUAAACUCCAACACCGAAAUCUUGUUAGACUCCUUGGUGGGUGUGUUGAAGGAGAAGAAAAGUUGCUAGUCUAUGAAUACAUGCCAAACAAAAGUUUGGAUGCAUUUCUUUUUGAUCCAAUCAACCAAGAACUGGUAGAUUGGAAAAAACGUUUCAACAUUAUUGAAGGAGUUGGUCGUGGUCUACUCUACCUUCAUAGGGAUUCAAGAUUAAAAAUUAUUCAUAGGGAUCUAAAAGCAAGUAACAUAUUGUUGGAUGAAGAGCUAAAUCCAAAAAUAUCAGACUUUGGAAUGGCCAGGAUUUUUGGAGGCAAUGAAGACCAAGCCAAUACUGAAAGGAUUGUGGGAACAUAUGGCUACAUGUCUCCUGAAUAUGCAAUGGAGGGGCGAUUUUCAGAAAAAUCGGAUGUCUUUAGCUUCGGAGUGUUGUUGCUAGAGAUAGUAAGCGGAAGGAAAAACACUCAUUUCUAUCAUGACGAGGGGACCAUGAGCCUUGUAGGACUUGCAUGGAAAAUGUGGAACAUUGACAACUUGGCAGCAUUAUUAGACCCUAAAAUAUCAAGAUCUAAGUUUGGAAAGGAAAUCUUGAGAUGCAUACAUGUUGGGCUGUUGUGUGUACAAGAAUUCGCAAAAGAUAGACCAACCGUAUCUAUUGUUAUUUCUAUGUUAAAAAGUGAGAUUGUUGAUCUACCUUACCCAAGGCAGCCAGGAUUCACUGUAAAUCAGAUUACCUCAGAAAGUGAGUCCUCUUACCCCAAUCAAAAGGUUUGCUCUAUCAACAAUGUCACUGUUUCAAUGGUUCUUGGUAGAUGAUGAAAUGCUAUUGAAAGUCUAAAACUGUCAAUUUGUAUUGAACAGGUUGUAGAAUUUAAACACACUUUCAAUGUAUUUGCAUGAAACAUGCUUCUUGUUC